AGGAAGUGGAAGACCGGAAGGCCAGCCCCCUCCCGGCCGCGGUCCUCUCCGCUCGGCCCCUUGGGCUCCCACAGAGUCGGCCGCGCGCUCCUGCUCCGGCGUCGUCCGAGGCUCUGUCCCUUCGCCUGCGUGAUCCCGUCCUGCCCCACGCGCGGGCUCGCGCUCGGGCUCUCCCCCGGCACGGGUCCUCUCCUCCCGGGUCCGACCUGUAGUGCGAGGAGGCUGCACCAUGCUAUUCUACUCCUUUUUCAAGUCCCUUGUGGGCAAGGAUGUGGUCGUGGAACUCAAGAAUGACCUGAGCAUCUGUGGAACCCUUCAUUCCGUGGACCAGUACCUCAAUAUCAAACUAACUGACAUCAGUGUCACAGACCCUGAGAAGUACCCUCACAUGUUAUCAGUGAAGAACUGCUUCAUCCGGGGCUCCGUGGUCCGCUAUGUGCAGCUGCCAGCAGACGAAGUGGACACACAGCUACUGCAAGACGCGGCCCGGAAGGAAGCCCUGCAGCAGAAACAGUGAUGGCGUUUCUUCCCUGCCCCUUACCGUUGGUGUGUCCUGGCUAAGGACUCCCUUGCCCAAUACUUGUGUUUCGUUGUUGAUAGUGGCGGCUUGUUUUCUUUCGAUUGAAGGGCUGAGAGGAAUAGAGGGAAGCCGCUGUCCUUUGUUGAGAAGGGGAGGGUCAGAACCGGGAACUGCCCAAGCGCCUGCCCUUCUCACCCGUUCCCUGGAGACUGCGGGAGUUUCUAGGUCCUUUCUGGACAGCUGUGAUACGUUUGGGGGAUGGAAAGAAUCUGUCCCGCAUCGGGAAUAAACUUUAUGAUGCAAAUUUGA